AUAGAUUGUGCAGGGAUAUUAAGCUUUUGUCUGACACAGACGAAAGACGCUCUUAUCCCCCUUUAUAUUUUACAGAAAAGAAACGAUCAUCAGCACUUUAUAAAACAAACGCAGACCGAUAGAUUAUUGAUGGUAGACUUUGCAAACUAACAAGAUAGUCUGGAGUGGAAAUUAAGAUAAUGCCACCUAGGAAGAAAAAGAGUGAACGAAUGCUACGUCUUAAAGACAGAGAGAGAAAGCAGCUAAAAAGAAUGGUGUUCAAGAAAGGGGGGCGGGCAUCGUCCAAUGUGCGUAGCACCGCGGUGACUGCAUUGGUCAUGGAAUGCUGGGAAGAAAACCUGAGUCCCGUUCAAAUCCAGUCAUUUAAACAGAAAGUUCUGGAAUGUCAAAUCGCACAAGAAAAGGUAAAAGAGGCUCACCGAUUGGCAGAGCUUGGUUUAGCAAUUGUCACGGUGAUGGAUGAUCCUCGCAAGCCGAUUCCUCCCCCCACUCUGCAGCAGCUUCAGGCAAAGACUGGUAACACCUUUGGGAAUGCACCAAACUCACAGCCCACAAAGGAGCCACCAAGAUCCACUAGCCCAGACAUCAUCUUCAUCGGAGAGAGUCCUCCCACCCCCAGGGUACCACCCAGCCCCACCAUAACUCCACCUACCCCCACCCAGAAACUGCAAUACCGGUUCACAUCUACAAACCACACAGCAGCUGUUCCAAGACAACUGGUGAAAACUUUACACAUGCCUGAUGGUCAGGUUCACCGAUUUCCUGCGUACCCCACCCUCGCCAGGCACCCCAACACCACUACGGUCCGUAUCCAGGCAGGAGAUGUCAGAUUUACUACAUCCCUGUUGCCAGCAAUUCAAAAUGUUAACCCCAGUGUUACUCCUGUGCAUGGGACAUAUGGCCUUGGGGUCAAAAGGCCGUUGCCACAGCAACCACAGCAACAGAUGGAGGACACCAGUCCUAAACGCAAAAGGGUGGAAACAGAAAAUGAAGUGAACUGGGUGCCUUUGGAUGAGUAUUAUUAUGGAAAGUCAGAAGGAGAUCUGUCAUAUGCAGAAGAGAAAAAUGAGUUCAGGUUUAAGUGUUGGUACUGCAAUAAGAUGUUGUAUAACAAUAUCAAGGCAAUGAUGCACAUACAGGGUCACAUAGACUCCAGUAAACAACAGAACAUUGAUCUGAGUGACCUCACACAGUGUAAGCACUGCUACCGACAGUUCGACACACCGUUUGAGAUGCAGACCCAUGUAGAAAAGGUCCACAUGAACAAUGUGAAUGUGUUGAUGUGUCGUAUCUGUGAGCGAGAUCACCAAUCUCGUCAUGCUUUGUUGACUCACAUGAGAGUGAACCACAAUGCAUGCGAGAUGCCCUACAUCUGCCAGCUCUGUAAAUUCAGGUCGUCUAUGUACAGCGAUGUUGUCGAUCACUUCAAGAAGAAACACGACAGCUCCCAGCACAUCCUAUGCCUUUACUGUCUCAAAGUGUUUGUGGUCAAGUUUGUGUCCCAGGGGUGGGGCCAGACCCAGACUUACUAUGGCCACUUACUUAAGCACCAGUCCAAGUCCGGCAGUAAGAAGUGCAAUAGCUGCAGACUCACGUUUGUCAACCCUGCCGACUGCAAGAACCAUAAGAAGAAGGACCACGUGGCCAACCAGAAGGGAAUAGGUUCCUGCUCCGGAGCUUUUGAACAGGACCUGAUGAUAAAGAUGCCGGAGGCGAGAAAGCAGGCUGUGAAGUCUCUCAAUGCCCCAGCUGUUAGUAAGGUGCUUGACUUUGGGGGGACUAAAUUCCCCUACGCCGUUAAUUUCAACACCUGUGUGGAGUGUAAGACCGUCAUGGGAACACCUGACCACUUCAGGAAACACAUUGAGUGCUCCAUGUGUCGCUUCGCCACCAGCUGUAGCAUCGCCUACGCUAACCACAUGAUGGGGUUCCACUCCGGUCAGAUGACCAGCCUCAAUCUGAACAUCCCCUGGGAACGCCCCAUGAAGGAACCCAUGCACUGCCUAUGUGGAUUUGCUAGUCGCUACGGAAAUAAAAUUGCCAAUCACCUGGUGUAUUGUACCAAAAGAUCCUGUUACAACAAAAAGCCAACUCAAGUCAUCAGAGAGGUGGAAGAAGAAGAACAGGAUCCCCGCCACAAGCCUGGGGCCUCACUGCUGGAUGUACUGGGACUGGUCAAGAAGAAGAACAUCACCACAAAGGAGAGAACUAGCACUGACACUGAAAUCCAGAAACGACGAUCCAGUGAAGAGCCGUCAGAGUUGGUCUGGAAAUCAUCAGGGAGCACGCCUCAGCCUGCUGAACAGGAAGAGAGGCAAGAGAAUGAUGGGAUACCUUUGGAGCUGAAAGGUGCCACUAAAUGGAAGACGGUGAAAAUCAAGGACCCCAGCACUCCAUCGAAAGCCUCUGUCUUCCUUGGGGCAUCUGAUGAAUCGUCCAAAGACCUGAAAUCUACAAAAGAUCCUAAAGAGAAAGCGGAUGCAGAGAUAUCCAUCAAAAAGGAGAAAAUUGACAGUUUUGAAGACCCAUACUCAGCACCAGCAGCAGAAGACAUUACUGAAGAGAAAAUAGAAGAAGCAUCAGGACAUGAAGAGGAUAGCUUGAAAGUCACAAUAGAAACAGAUAUACAGAGUGAUGAAGAGAAAGACAUGGAAGAUACUUUGCUAUCUGCAAAGGAAAUGAUGGAAGAAAAAUCAGAAAACAGUCUGUUGGGUAUCAAAAGUGAGAGGAUGGAUGAUGACAAUAUGAUUGAAGAUACACCUCCUGAAUCUGGUGUGAUCAAGCAGGAUGAUGCAAUUUCUGACUCCGCUUUGGAUACUUCUGGUGUUUUGGAAGAGGAGAUUACAGACAAAGAAAAUGAAGCCAAGGAAAAGAAUGAAGUAAUAUUUGAUUCAGCCUUGAAUACUUCUGAUAAUGUGGAAGAGGACAUGACAGAGAGAGAAGAAAAGGAAGAGGGAGAAUCAGCACUGGUGAAGGAAACUGUUUCUGAAUCAGCUGAAGAUCAUGCUUCCAAUGAGACCAAAGAAAAUUCAACCCUUCUCACAUUAGCAGAAAACCAAACUGGAAGUGAGGAGAAGGAAGAGGAAGGAGAGCAAUCAGAGAAAAUACUGGAAGAAUCAGUGGAGGAUAAGCAAGUUAACCAAAAAGUGGAAGAAUCAACUGAGGAUAAGAAAGAUAACCAAAAAGAUGUCUCAGAAGAAAAUUCUGAGGAAUUGGAUGUUCCUAUGGAAGCUGAUGAUAUUGUGUGUGUAAAAGAUGAGAGUGCAUCAGGAAACCAAGUAGAAGGGGAAAAUGAAGACCAAGGGAAAGAGGAAGAAAAAAAGACAGAGGUGGAGGAAACAGCAGAAUUGGGAGAUGACAACAAAAAAUCUUUGACUGAACCUGUUCAGGUGGAAGAUGGAGGAAGAAAAUCUGAGAAAACAGAGCAGGACCAAUCAAACGAAGAAGUAAAACAGGAGGAGAUCGAGAAAGACAGCUCAGAGUCUGUGUCAACAGAAAAAAGAGAGGACCAAGGAGUAUCAGCUAAUGCAGAGAGUGUUUCUUUAGUCGAAGAAAAAACAAAGGGUCCACCCAAGGCAGAUGAUACUGAUGUGGCCAAGAAGGAAAGCUCAAGAGACAAACCAACUGAGGACACUGAAAGUAGGCAGAGGAGUGAGGGCUCCAGUAAGAGAAGUCCCACGCAGAGCCGUAGACCAGACGACAGUCACCAUCACCAUGACAACCGGUCGUCUGGUAGGAGUGAUCAUCGAGGCCCCAACAGAUUCGGGGGACCACCAGACAAUAGGGGGUGGUCAAGACAUGACAUUUAUGGUUUUUCAAGCAGGGACAAUUACAGACACCAUGGGCAAAGCAGGCACUAUGAGGAUAGGCAUCAGUAUGACAGAAAUCGCUAUGACGACAGGCGACGUGGUUACCAUGGCAACAGGCAUGAUGAGCAUGACCACAGAUAUGGUUAUGACAACAGGGCAACCAGAGGUUUUUUGAGAGGUCAAGGUUACUACAGAGGAGGGUACAGGGAUUAUAGAUAAACUAGUGUAUAUAUACAUGUAAUUAGUGUAUAGUUAAUUUGGGAACAACUUUUCACAAAAUUUUAUUUUUAUCUCCCAAAAACAAGAGCUGGCCUUUUUGAAAUUUAAAAGUUGGUACAUUAUAUUAUCAUGAUCUGUAAUUUUGAUGUUUUAUUUUGAGAGGUGCUGUUUUCAGGGGGUUUUUUCAAGUUGAAACACAUUUUUUAUGUAAUAUAUGAAAAUAUAUUAUUUUCUCUCCAUAAACAAAUGCCUGUAUUUUUUUUUAAAUAUUGAAACAGUAACUGUUGGUAAUGAUAAAUAAAACAAAAAGCAAAACAAGUGUCACUCUUCCUAGAUAAAAAAAACAACUCUUUAUAAAGAUUUUGAUAGAGAGUUUACAACUAAAAUAGUUGAUUUAUUUCUGUUUUGAAAAAUCGCUUUUGUUUUAUAACAGGAUUUUCUAUUUCUUUGUUACAAUUUGAUAAUGAAUUACACUUGUUUUUGAUAGCUUAUGGAUAAUGUACAUAUGUGCCAUUUUGAUAUUUUUUUUCAAUCUCUGAUGUACACUAUUUCAUACUCUUUGUUUGAAUCAUAUAAAUAGUUCUACAUUAUCUUUAUUCAGUACUGCUCAAUAAUACAUAAACAAGUACACCUGUAUACAAUUUGAAAAUAUUGUUAUACACCGUACAUUUGUAAACAGCUGCCAUCAGAUAAUUUUGGGUAUUUUUUUUAAAGUUUGUGUAUAGAAUAUUGUCUAAAAAAUGUUUACUUGUCUGCUUUUAUAUUGGAGACUGAAUAUCAGUAAAACACAAUUAAAACCAGUUAUUAAU